UAGUUGUCUCGUGCUGACUCCGCCCCCCCUCCCCGCCGCUCUGGGCUUGACUGUCAUCACAGGCGAAGGACAGGAAGACUGUCGGCUGCUAAGGCUGUGUCUUUAUUGCUGUCAUGUCGGAGUUUAAAAGUUGACUAACCCCGUAGCAGACAUGGAAGCUCAAGUGGAAGCCUCAGUGGUGGCAGGGCAACUUUAAGGAAGCCCCUUCGUCGUGUGAAACAAAGUGUGGCGGUGCCCGAGAGGACAUUUUACAAAGUAGACAAAGUAGCUUUAGCUAAAGCUAAUGCUAGCUGUGUUUGUGGGUUAAAAUUUAUUUCGUAACUAAAGUUUGUUUUUCAUGUGGAAACGCAUUCAGCGAGUUUCUAUUUUCUAAGUAGUUGAAAGAGCAUUUUUCUGUUUGUUCCCUGACGUCGACCCAGUCCGCUUUGAAUUUCCCUCCUUCUGGAAGACAGACAGGCGGCUUAGAGACGAGUCCACUCGGCGAGGUUGGCUCUCUACCAGAUCAUUAGCAACUCGGUGCUAAUUGUGGCUAGUUAGCCUGGGUUACCAGCACAGGCCCCUCUGGGUCAAUAUUAUUAUUAAUAGUUGACCUUUAUUGAGUCCGUUACUUUCUUUGAGGAUUUUUUUUUGUCUUCAUCCACGCUAAGUCUGUUUUGACUCCCGGUUGAAGGAAACGGAUUAACUUUGCAACUAUGGAUCCUCACCCGGGAUAUGCCGCCUCGGCUCCUGGUACCAAAAAGGACAAGAAGUCAAAGAAGGGUUAUGAAGAUGGAGACAGCAAAAAGAAAUUUACACUGAAACGUCUGAUUCCAGAUGAGCUGGAGCGAUUAACCAGCAUAAGGAUAAAAAAGGACAAGGAUAAGCAGAGCCAUGUCCCAAGUCAGCGUCAUUCGGCCGCCGCCAGUUAUGAAGUCAACGCUGCUAGUGCCACUCUACACGACCAUACGGACGAAUACAUCCUCGAACUCUUCGAACAGAUGAUGGUGGACAUGAACCUGAAUGAGGAGAAGCAGCAGCCUCUCAGAGAAAAAGACAUUGCAAUUAAGCGUGAAAUGGUCUCCCAGUACCUCCACACUUCAAAAGCGGGUCAAGACCAGAAGGAGAGCUCGAAGUCGGCCGUGAUGUAUAUCCAGGAGUUGAGAUCAGACUACCGGGACUCACAGCUUCUGAGCUGCCUGGAAUCUCUACGGGUCUCACUCAGUAACAACCCAGUCAGCUGGGUGCAGAAUUUUGGGGACGAAGGCCUGGCCCUGUUGCUCAAUCUGCUAAGAAGACUGCAAGAGGAGAAAGACGAUUACUCAAUGAUGGGAGUUAAAUGUCAACAUGAGAUCAUUCGCUGUCUAAAAUCCUUCAUGAACAACAAGUGUGGUUUAAAGUCCAUGCUGGAGUCGGACGAGGGUAUUCCUUUGCUGGUCAGAGCCAUCAACCCGAGAGUGCCUCAUAUGAUGGUGGAUGCUGUCAAGAUACUUUCUGCCAUCUCCAUAUUGGAGCACCCAGAGAAUCUUCAUGAGCGUGUUCUAGAAGCCAUCACAGAAGAGGCAGAGAAGCGGGACAUUGAGAGGUUCCAACCUCUUCUGGCUGGCAUGAAAAAUCACAACAUUGCCCUUAAGGGUGGUUGCAUGCAGCUAAUCAAUGCAUUGAUCAGUCGCGGAGAGGAGUUGGACUUCAGGAUCCAUAUUCGCUCUGAGCUUCUAAGAUUAGGACUCAGAGACUGCCUAAAGGAGGUGCGGACAAUCGAAAAUGAGGAGCUGAGGGUGCAGCUCUUGGUUUUUGAUGAGCAGACUGAGGAUGACUCAGAGGACCUUAAAGCGCGCCUCGAUGACAUACGCAUUGAGAUGGAUGAUGUGAGGGAAGUGUUUGAUAUUUUAGUCAACAUUGUGAAGGACUCCAAAGCUGAAAGCCACUUCCUGUCCCUGAUGCAACACCUCCUGCUGAUCCGCAAUGAUUAUGUGGCCAGGCCUCAGUACUACAAGUUAAUAGAUGAGUGUAUCGCUCAGAUCGUGCUUCAUCGGAACGGAGCAGACCCUGACUUUAAGUGCCGCAACCUCAGGGUCAACAUUGAAAGCUUAAUAGACAACAUGGUAGACCAAACUAAGGUGGAAACCAGUGAGGCCAAGGCUACUGAGCUUGAGAAGAAGUUGGACGCAGAGUUGACCGCGCGCCACGAGUUGCAGGUGGAGCUGAAGAAACUUGAGGGUGACUAUGAGCAGAAGCUGCACGACCUGAGCCAAGAGAAGGAGCAACUGGCCUGCUCCAAGCAGGAACGAGAAAAUGAGAACCAGGGUCUGCAGCAACAGCUCAGCACUCUGCAACAACAGAUUGACAAGCUUUCUAAAGAUCUGGAAGAGGCCAAGACUAAAGUGGUCACAGUAACGGUUCCUGUGCCAACACCUGGUUUGCCACCUCCACCACCUGCCCCUCCUCUCCCCAGCCAAACUGGGGGUAUGCCCCCACCACCGCCACCCCCACCCGUACCAGGAUGUGCAACCCUGCAGCCACCACCACCACCUCCUUUGCCUGGUCAGGUCGGCAUGCCUCCUCCACCACCACCGCCUCCCUUACCAGGCAUGCCAGGUCCUCCACCACCCCCACCUUUGCCUGGCAUGGCAGGACCACCAGGACCGCCACCUCCGCCACCCUUACCAGGGAUGGGACCUCCUCCGCCUCCGCCACCACCUGGCGGUCCUGGUAUUCCUCCUCCUCCGCCAGGUCCUGGCAUGCCUCCACCGCCGCCGUUUGGCAUGGGUGGCUGGGGUGCCCCUGUACCACCUCCAUUGCCUUUUGGCCUCCAGCCUAAGAAGGAGUACAAGCCUGAGGUGCAGCUGAAGAGAGCCAACUGGAGCAAGAUUGGACCCGAAGACCUCUCUGAGAGUAGUUUCUGGACUUCGGCCAAAGAGGAGAAAUUCGAAAACAAUGAGCUCUUUGCCAAACUCACCUUGGCCUUCUCCUCGCAGACUAAGACCAAAAAGGAGCUCGACGGUGGAGAUGACAAGCAUCUGCAAAAGAAGAAGGUCAAGGAGUUGAAGGUUAUUGACUCAAAGUCCUCACAAAACCUUUCUAUUUUUCUUGGAUCGUUCCGUAUCCCUUAUGAAGAGAUCAAGAACUCCAUUCUGGAAGUCAAUGAGAAGAUCCUCACAGAGUCCAUGGUCCAGAACCUGAUCAAACAGCUGCCCACACCGGAGCAGCUAAGUAGCCUGGGCGAGAUGAAGGAUGAAUAUGACGACAUGGCUGAGGCGGAACAGUUUGGAGUUGUGAUGUCCAGCGUGAAACGUCUGCAGCCACGGCUUCAGGCCAUCCUCUUCAAUCUCCAGUUUGAGGAACAGUUGAACAACAUCAAACCGGAUGUGGUGUCUGUGACGGCGGCCUGCGAGGAGCUCAGGAAAAGCAGCUCCUUCUCAAUGCUGUUGCAGAUCAUCCUGCUCAUGGGCAAUUAUAUGAAUGCAGGCUCACGCAAUGGCAAGGCCUUUGGCUUUUCCAUAUCAUACCUAUGCAAGCUACGUGACACAAAAUCAGCUGACCAUAAGCAGACACUGCUCCACUUUCUCGCUGACGUGUGCCUGGAGCAGUACCCUGAUGUCAUGAGCUUUACAGACGAGCUUAUCCAUGUGGAGAAGGCCAGCAGAGUUUCUGCAGAGACGCUUCAGAAGAAUCUAGAAAUGAUGGGUCGCCAGAUCAAGAACCUGGAGAAAGACAUUGAAACCUUCCCUCCUGCACAAAAUGACAAGGACAUGUUUGUGGAGAAGAUGUCCGUUUUUGUGGGCACUGCUCGUGAACAGCAUGAGAAGUUGGAUCUGAUGCAUAAGAACAUGGAGAAGCAGUACAACGACCUGGGAGGUUAUUUUGUCUUUGACCCCAGAAAACUUUCGGUGGAGGAAUUCUUUGGGGACCUCAACACCUUUAAGAACAUGUUCCAGCAAGCAGUAAAGGAUAAUCAGAAGAGGAAGGAGGCAGAAGAAAAGAUCAAAAGGGCCAAACUAGCCAGGGAGAAGGCCGAGAGGGAAAAAGAGGAGAAACUCAAAAGGAACCAGCUUUUGGACAUCAACGCAGAGGGUGAUGAGACUGGCAUCAUGGAUGGCCUCCUGGAGGCGCUGCAGUCUGGCGCUGCUUUCAGGAGAAAGAGAGGACCACGGCAAGCAGCCAACCACAGAAGAGCUGGCCAUGCAGUGACCAACAUCCUGGCCAAAGAACUUAUGCAGGAAGAUGCACCUUCAUCAAGCAAGGUGGCCAUCAAGAAGGUGAAGCUGGAGGAGAAGGAAGAGACAAAGAAGGAAGACUCGUUAGAGGAGCUGCUGGAAGCUCGCUCCAAUUAGGCACAUUUGGGCACAUUUUUGUUAGUUUUUUUUAUGUACAGUUUCAGAUGUAUCCAGACAGAUCUGCUUCUCAUUGCUGGGGCCAACAUGGAUAUAAAAUAUAUGUCCCUCAACCACCUUUGCCACUAUUAAGUGUUUUGUUACGUCACUUAAUUCACCUCAUGAAUGAAAAGGGCAUCACCUCUGUUGCGCUUAUUUCCCUCAUUCUUACGAGGAAUGUCAGGCACAUCCCACAGCUGCUUCAAACGGUUUUCUUUAGCCACUCACAAUGUUUGUGUUAUUUUGUGUUGUUUGAUACGUUUUGCAUUGCAUGUCUGUAAAUGCUGAUCAUUCCACUGUGUUGUUGGAAGACGUGCCAAUGGGGAGGAGUCCAGCCUCUGUCAUUCCACAGGCACAGCUUCUCACCUGGGUGAAAGAUUUACUUCAGAGGCAUUAACAUGUACAACCUGAGUUUCGACAAGGGCGCACAAACACUUACACAAUGCACCAGCAUAGGCAAAUAACCAGAAAUGCCCUCAGGAUUGUUUGCUAACAAGGGAGAGAAAGUUCUUGCACAGUCGCCACGUUUGUUUAGAAUCACCCUCUCAAAAGCGGUUUACAUGCCUGUGUGCUUUUAGAAUGAUGACGUGUAUCUAUUUUUAGUUCCUACUUGUGCACGCAUGUUCUGUGUGUGUGUGUGUGUGUGUGUGUGUAUGUGUGUUUUGCCUAUAAUUAUGCUACCCACCACUGGAAAGCACGCUGGAAAAACUGGCCAAAAGUGCAUGUGGGGGCCGGGCUGACAUGCGAUGUUUGAGAUUCUUCGUGGAGCCAAAAUGAUUGAGGGACGCCAAACUUGCAGAACCCAACACACACACACACACACACGCACACGUUAUGAACACAUCUUCUACAUGAUCCAUCAGUAGAUAUGCAAUAUGCAUUCCUAUGCAAACACACUCUAAACGUGACCUUACCAUCCUUAAAGUAGCAACACAGUAACUGCCUUCACUUUCAGUAUGAGCUUGCUGAUUUGAUCAUCUCCGAUUGGGAUCACCUGCUGGGUUUUCUGUUCAUUUGCACACGUUUACUCAUAAUUACACACGAGUUGUAAAAAGCACCAAAACCUGCUGUAACACGACCAGGGUGCCUCAUGUGUGCCAGAUAACUGUAAUGUGGCUCUUUUCAUCAUCAGUAAGCAGAGGGACAAUAUUAUAGCAUCACUGGAAUACAACCUCUAAUUUGACUCAUUCCUUUUUGUUUGUUUUUUUAAGAGAUUUUCUAUGGUCGAUUUUUACAGUUGAUUCUUUUUUAUCUUGUUUGAUUUGAUGUGCUUUUGCAUUUUUGUUUUCUUUUCCAGAGAUUGCUCUAUGUAUACAGAAUAAUGCACAUAAUGUUUCUGUUUGCCAUGCAGAGUUAUUAAAAUGUCUUAAGUAA